AUGAAUGAAAAAAGCUCUUCUCCGAAUAAGCCUCAUGAUUCGAAUACAUUUUCAUCCGUAUCAAUCAUCAAUGAUAAAGUGAUGAACAAAGCCUGCAACAACAACAACCAACCAAAUGAAGGCUUAAACUCUCAACACAAGUUAUUACAAUUUAUUGCCUAUCGGGAAGGCCUUUCUUUGUUAUAUAAUAGGAUAUAUUUUCCACUGUCCAUGAUGAGGAAAUUGAGAGAGAAUAAUAAUAAUAAUAAUCCUGAACAUCAUUCAAAAUCGGAGACGACAAAUGAUUCUCGGAAGAAGGAUGAUCAUGGUUCAAAAAAAGUGAUGAGCAAACCAACGAAUAUUAGCAAAAUGAAUACGAAGAGUGUGAAAGAUAGUGGCAAAAAAACAGCAGUUUCACUUGUAGCGAAAGAUUCCUCUUAUGAAACGGUCAAUUAUGUGGUGGAUGGACCUUGCAUUGUUACACUUGACAAUACUAUUCAAUUAUUAUCGAGUACUUGGGUUGUGGACGAUGUCUCACUCAACGACAGCAUAGAAGAUGUCAAUGACCAAAUGAAUACUGUUUCAAGAAAGCCCAAAGAAAAUCAAGAUGUCAUUAAUUCACAAUCGAAUGUCUUUAUUUGUGACAGUGAGGAAUCAAAUACCGUGACGCUACAAUUUUUGAAAGAAAAAUUUACAAAAUCUAUUCAUCAAUGUUCUAGGUUUUCAGUGCAAAACAUUGAAUUUUGCUCUUUCGAUAUUGAGAAUGCUACAGAAAUAACAUUACAAUCGUUGACACCUGAAAAGAAUAUCCAACAAUCACCUUGCGAAAUAUCAGGCAUGAAAUUAUUACGCUUUCACUCUCUCUAUUUAAAAUUGAAUUGUAUCAUUUACUAUUCUGAAAAAGAAAUCUACCGAGUAACCUCUCUCAUUUCAAAAUCCGUAAAAACCAGAACAACAAAAUCCAGCAACAAUGGAAUUUUCAGAGUGGUUUCUGCCACUAAAAUUAACCUCUGCAAUGGCACUGAUUCUAUUUCACAACAAGAUCAACCAAAACCACCUGAAACUAUUGAAAACAUUGAUGACACCAUUGAUUCAACAACAAGUGCCACAGAAAGUUGUUCGUUUUAUUUCGAAUCAAAAUCAUGCAAGGAAUUGCUUUCACUUUUGAAAGUUGCUCACUCAUUCUUUCAUCACAUCACCUUGCACGCUUCCCCUCAAUCUAGUUCUUCAAAAAACUCAUUGACAUUUACUACUCCCUAUUCCAUUCUCAUUCACGGACCUCACAACAUUGGAAAAACAUCAACUGUGAAAAAUAUUGCCAAAAAGUUGAAAUAUCCAUUAAUUUAUGUGAAUUGUAACAGUUUGGGAGGAGGAAUGUUUGGAAACGAACAAGCUAUUUCCUCCGUAGCGAAUCGCAUUAUAGAAACAGCACAACGACGUUUAGCAACCCAACCCACAACUAAAGAUUUAACCUUGAUUCUGUUUUUGGACGAUUUGGACAAGAUUCAACAGAGUUUAUUUUCAUCUCUAAUUUCAAUUCAAACUCAAAUGGAAAAGUCAGAAAUGAAAACACUCCCAAACAAGAAAAUUCACAAAAGUUCCACCAUCCUUCAUUUCAUCAUUAUUGGAUCUGCAUCCUCCGAUUGUGAAUUCAUGAAGAAAAUGGAAAUGAGAGGAAAAUUUCAACGAGAGGUGAAAUUUGAACUUCCCUCUCCACAAGAACGAACCGAAUUUUGCAAGACCAUGUACAGCAAAAUGUUUGCCCAUUUGGAUUUUGAAAAAAUUGGAAUUGCCACCACAGGUUACCAAUUUUAUGACCUUAUCAAAAUCUUUAAUUCACUCCAUGCCGACAGAGGUCUCCACAAGAAUAUCGAAAUUUCUACAGAAUAUGUUUUGAAUCGAAUGACUGAACUUCAUUUGACGCCUUCCAUUAAAAAAAUAGUGGAACAAGGUCAAGAAUGUGAAAAAGAGUCUAAGAUAUCUAUCCUUUCAGAGGAACAAGCAAGCAUUUCACAACAACAACAAGACAAACAACAUCAUGACAACACUUUGAUCGAUUUUGAUGAAAAACAUUGGGAUAAAAUUGGAGGUCUUUCAUAUUUGAAACAAAAAUUGAGACAAGCUGCAGAAUGGCCCAUGAAAUAUCCAGAAAGUUUUAAGAGAUUGGGACUUCAACCACCUCUUGGAAUUUUACUUUAUGGGCCUCCUGGAACUGGAAAGAUAAGAAUAAUUAUUUCACAUUCAUACACACUCACAUUGAAUACCACUUUGAUUCGAACACUUGCCCUUUCAACACAUUCCACAUUUUUAUAUUGCAAUGUGGCACAAGUUUAUUCACCCUAUGUGGGUGAAGCUGAGAAAGCCAUUCGAGAUAUCAUGUCAAAAGCCAGAAUUAUGAAUCCAUCGAUUGUAUUUUUUGAUGAAAUUGAUGCCAUUGUUGGAAAGAGAGAAUUCACGAUGGGAGGAGCAGAUUCUGUGAGUAGCAGAGUCUUGUCGACGCUUUUAAAUGAAAUGGAUGGAAUUGAGGGAACUAAAAAUUUACUUGUGGUCGCUGCUACGAAUCGACCCGAUAUGAUUGAUAGUGCAUUGAUGAGACCUGGAAGAUUGGAGCAUUUGUUGUAUGUUCCUCCUCCGGAUGAGGAAGCCAAAAAAUCAAUUUUCGAAAUUCACACCAAGCAUUUGGAAGAUGUAUUCUUGAGUGCUGAAAAUUGUGAAAUUUCUCGAGAAGAGAUGGUGCGAUUGUUGGUGGAGAAUGAGGAAAUUUCUGGAGACAUGACAGGUGCAGAGAUUGAGGCUCUAUGCAGAGAAGCAUGUUUGUCAGCCUUAAGGGAAAAGGAAAUGAAGGCAUCUAUGAAAGGUUUAUCAGAGGCAACAACCUCCUCACCCAUCAUUCUUUCGUGGAAGAAUUUUUGUGAAGCAAGAAGAAGAGUUCAACCAUUUCUGUCGACCUUGGAAGGAAAACGAAUGCUUGAGAAUUACGCCAAGUUUGAAAAAAGUUUUGAGAAGAAUGUCAAGUAA